AUGGCUCCCCUACAGAUCAUUGUCACGGGUAAAUCAUCCAUAACCCAUGUCCCAGAACGUGGCACUCUGAGCUUCUCGGUGAAGGGAACCGGCCCCGAGCAAGAAAAAGUCGCCAAAGAAGUGGCAACAUCAUCUAUCAACCUACAAAAUUGGAUCAAAUCAACCUUCGACUCCUUGGCCAAUGAUUCCGAGUCCCCUCUGGUAAAUUUCUCAUCUACAAGUAUCAGAACCUGGACCAAGUCAACAGAUAGACAUGACCAGCCCGUGUCAAACCCACACCAUGCCAGUAUAUCCUUCAAAGCCGUCUUCCGUGACUUCGCCAAGUUGAAUCACGCGAUCGAAGAAUUGCUGGUCUAUCCCAAGGUCGAGAUCGACGGUCUGAAUUGGACUCUCACUGACGAAACUGGGAGACGAUUGGCUUCGGAUGCGCGCAAAUUGGCUCUGCGCGAUGCGAUUCAGCAAGCUGAAGACUAUUCCGAAGUGAUUGGACGCGAAGUUGCAGUGGCGGAAAUCGCCGACAAUGGGGGAAGUCCCUACAGAGCUCAAAGACACAUGAUGGCUGCUAGUUAUGGUAACCAGCCUGGGGAGGACUCUCUGCCGCUGGACCUGACGCCUCAGGAUAUUGAUGUCGAAAGUAAUGUCAGUGUCACUUUUCGAGCUGAAUGA